ACUGAAAGCAAUUUUCAGAAAAUAUAAAUCUAUUUUUAGUCUGUUACCGGUUACACGUCAUGCCAGGAUAUUUGUUCCUUGUGUAUGUGUUUUCAUGUUUGUCGAUAACAUCGGCAGAUCUUUAUCAUGGACCUGAGACGGUAGAAUCUCAUAAAGUAGACAAAGAUGACUUUGUUGGAAGACAUCAUGGAGAAACUCUGUCAAAGUUUAUAACCAGAAUUGUCGAUCCGAAAAAGGAUUACUUGUUAACAUUAGGGAGGACCAUAGACAAAGUGGCUGAUUUGAUGAGAAGUAAGCUGGUACCCCACAAAGUAGCCGCAACAAUCAAGGGUGGAUCUCUUGGAAAGGGUACUGCAGUAAAACAGAUGGCUGACGCAGACCUACUUUUCCCAUUAGGAGGUAUUGGUUCUGUAAAAGAACUUAGUGCAAAAUUACCGGAAAUCCUCAAAACAUUACAAUCAGCUUUAGACCGUUCAGAACACAAAGUCACUUCUAUAAAGAAAACUCCAUUUACCAUACAGUUCCAGAUUUCAAUUGAUGGAGUUCUGCAAGAUGUUGAUCUCCUGCCAAUAGUAGAUCUAGGAAUACAGCAUCUCACAAAGGAGAAUCUUAAACCAAUAUACACAGAAAUGAAAAAGCACGAAAAUCUGCGAGAUUACUACAUGAAAUGUUUGUCCUUUCUGCAAGUGAACUUUGUCAAACAACAGCCACCAAAAGUCAAAUCUGUAAUACGAUUGCUUAAAUACUGGAUCAAGACAAAACAGCACAAACUUAAAUCCUACGGAGCAGAGCUGUUAGUGAUAAAGGCUUAUGAGGACCUUGGAUCUCCGUCAUCUGUCAGGGAAGAAGAUAUGGCCAUCAAAGUGUUCGAAAAACUAACAGAUCUUAAGUCACUCAAAGUGUCAUGGACAAAAUAUUUUGAUCCAAAGAAUUUUAAUGUUCCGUCUGCACCUUAUAUAUUGGAUCCUGCCUGUCCCUAUCACAAUCUGAUUCGCCAAAAAUCGGGAGGUAUUGAUGACAAAUACGUCUAUCUUGAACGAGAUGCAAAGAAAAUACUCAAAGUAUUAAAGGACCAAGAUUAUAGAUCUAAACGUGGUGAACUUUAACCUUUUGAUAAUGUUAUUCACGUCAUGAUUAUCAUUAUUAUGCUUUUAAUUCAAAUGUUGACGUUAAAACAUAGUUAACGUAUCGCAAACUUUCAUUCACGUUUUAUUGCAGCAUUGUUAUUAGUAUAUAUAUAAUCACAAAAUGUCAUAUUUGAUGUUCAAAAUAUUGUCUCAUGUUGUUUCUCUAACAAUUUAAGAACAUAUACCAGCUUCGUUCAAAUUUGUCAAUAAACAAGUGCUUUGAUUUGUUA